AUGGGCUGCUCUGUCAAUAUCUACCGUCUCGUCGAGGCGGACGCAAGAAACCCCGAAAUGAAACACCAUAUCAACGUCCUCCGAUUCCACACAAUCAAGCCAAUGUCAGCCAGAUAUCAGCCUUCAGUCUCCAUUGUGCCAAUUACCCCUGUGCAGACCACCCCAGAGAACACGCCACAGACGGGCAGGCAAACGGUGCUGAAUGUUUCAACCGAACCAGCUCCAUGGCCUGUGAUGAUUACGGGGAAUUCUCCUGUACACGCUCAGGUCGAGCCUGCAAGUAAACCUCCUCUUUACGACGAGCGACUACCCCGACUGUACUACGAGAAUUUCCAUGUCGCUCAUCCAGUCUUAGUACCCAGCUCGUUGUAUAAUGAUCGGAACUACCCUCAUUUUCUGCAGAUGGCAGUGAACUUUGUGGGUUCUCACUAUGUUGCAUCUAUCCCCAGUCAGCAACACAAGGACCAAGUCAUUGCCGAACUGAAAAUCAACCCCGAUCGAUCACCUUGCAUGGUCCAGGCUUGGCUGAUCUAUUCUAUUGCUCUCUGUGCUCGUGAUGAAUGGCAGGAAGCACAAGAAGCCUUCUCUAGUGCUAUUGACAUUGCUUUAGAGCUUGGUAUGAAUCGAUGGUCAUUCGCUUCAUCGGCAAUCUCGGAGAGAUCCAUCGAAGCAGAGAGCAUGAGAAGGACGUGGUGGGAACUGUAUGUGACUGAUAUUUUCAUGGCAGUCUCUCUAAAGACCACGACACUUCGAUGCAGCACUGUUUCGCCGGAGGUGGGGUUGCCCUGCGAGGAGUCUGCAUAUAAUAGUGGAAGUGAGGUAACGAAGCCACGAAUGAUGAUUGAGUUCAAGCGGAGGAUCCUUGCUGCAGAAGAUCCAGUCUUCUCAUCUUUCAGUUAUCGGAUUGAAGCCACGACCAUUCUGUGCCGUGUUCUUGUCCUCAAUCGACUGCGAGACAGUCACCGCGAUCAUCUUCAGGCCAUCGAGAAUGCACUCGUGAGCUGGAUUAACCACCUUCCGCCCAAGAAGCUCGAUAUUCUUGAUUCGUAUGGAAACGUCGAUGAAAUGAUGUUUCAAGCACACUUGACAAUCGCAUAUGCUGCCAUGCUCCUACACCUCCCUCGCAGUGACUUUCCAUCGGUAUUAUCCCAAUCCCAGCCUGACGAGCGAUUCUGGCCCGGGCUUUCAGGUCAGCUCUCGUCCACAUUUACCCGCCUAGUUCACAGCAUCAAAGCGACCGAGGCCUCCAGACGAAUCUCCGACUCCAUCUCUGUCUGUCCAAAUAUCCCCAAACACACUCCUUUCAUCAUUCCCGCCUUGGCCCUCUGUGGACUCAUCCAGCUGGCCACUUCGACCAGCCAUUCCGAGGAAUGCUUUGACCACCAUUGCAAUCGAGUCACCCUCAUCCUAGGGUGCCUCAAAAGCACCCAGCGAACUUGGAAAUUAGCCGAGUCCGUCUACCACGGCCUUCGAUCCUCCGCAUCUGACAUCCUCUCUGAUUCCAUGGCCAAAUGGAACGCCGAACCUCUGCAUCGAUUCACACCCGCAGUUUCAACCCCUAACGUACAGGAACGACCGAGCUCAAGCUCAAACCCAGCCACCGCCAUCCCAUACGGACAGGAUUUCACCCCGCCAGAGUUCACUUCCGCAUUUAUCGAUCCUACCUGUUACAAUGCCUCCUUCUUCAGUGCUAUUCCUGACUUUGAUAUCAAUUAG